AGACAUGCACAGUUUAAAAUCAGUUUUACUAAUUAAAAAGGUACUCCGCGUACGUGUUAAUAUUUUUUUAACGAAGAACUAUAACAGUCAACUUGUUGAAGCACUUUCAGCCAUUAGUAACCUCAUAAUUAAUGUGACCUUAAUUAUUUACAAAAGAAAAGGCAAGAGAGAAGUACGUUUAAAAAUACUCCGCGAAUUCCCGUCGGCUCUUUUCAUCUUUCCUUUUUUGUUCAAGUAGGAAAGUCGAUAGAAAGCACCGGUACAAAUUCUGUUAUUAAAGUGGAACGAGUCCACCGUAACACGCUCGAAUACUUGUUUCAGGCCCGUGUCUCGGGUGCUCGUACAACAGCCCAGAAAGUCCGUAAACUUUAACAAAGUGAAGGGGUUACAAUGCCAAGUAUCCUCUCGCCUCGUUCCCUCGAGCCGUUGCCGACUUAAAGGCGAGACGAGAACUUCCCUACCCCAUCGCGCUCAAUGGUAAUUAAUUCAGACCUAAGAUGAUAUGGAGUCUGAAGACGAAGUGGACGAAGAGUUGCCGGAGGCGAAAGAUACAGAGGUGAAUCGCAAUGAUAACUUAGCAAAAUUCAAAACGAUGAAAAUCUCGACGAAACCAAUGUCUUCAAAGACGCCAGAGCGAAGCGAGUGCCAGCUGGUGUGCUCGCCAAAUCCCGAAGAACCCGACGUCCCGUGCAAGGAUCCUGACAAGAUGAAGGCAGAAGAAUCAAAAUUAUCUUUAAGUAUGACUAAGACUGAAAUAAAAGAGAGUGACAUUGCUAGACUAUGCAGAAGUAAGAGGAUCACCUGUCAGGAUACCAUACACGAAUACGAUGAAGAUGAUGGUCUUACCAUGGACAAGGUUGGAAGGUACCUCGAAGCGCAUCCCGAGGAAGCCGAAGCCUGGCUGAGCGAGAACGCCAGCCUGGAGCUUCGUCAGCGACUGCAAGGUGUGACUUUCCCUCAACCCAAGUCACCCUCGAAGAACGUACAUCAGGAAGAGAACCUCCUAAGUCGGAGCAAGCGAAACAGCGUCACCUCUGACUUGUUCCAAAACUGGCUGGCUUCUAGUUCUCCAGCAAAGCGCAGCAGAAGUCCCAGCAGGACCUACACGUCGCUAGUGGGACGAAGAGAAGAGCUCAAUAGGCUAGACGAAAGCGAUCUGUUCAUGGAGUUGAUCCGAGACGUGGCGAACGAGCUGGACAUCAACGUUCUCUGUCACAAAAUUCUGGUGAACGUCGGUCUGCUCACGCACGCAGAUCGUGGGAGUCUAUUCCUGGCCAAAGGACCUCUGGAGGACAGAUACCUGGUCGCCAAGUUGUUCGACGUGACGCAAGACACCGAACUCGAGGAAGCCAUUCAACGGGCGAAGAACGAAGAGAUCAAAAUCCCUUUCGGUGUCGGAAUCGCUGGCUACGUGGCCCAAACCAAAGAGAUCAUCAACAUCAAGGACGCCUAUAAGGACCCGAGAUUCAACAGCUCCAUCGACAUGAGAACCGGUUACAAGACCACUUUGAUCCUGUCGAUGCCCAUUUGCAACUAUGAGGGCGACGUUAUUGGAGUUGCUCAGAUCAUAAACAAGACCAACGGAAGCAACGAGUUCACCGACAAGGACGUCGAGGUCUUUCAGAGGUACCUAACGUUUUGCGGGAUCGGCAUACAAAACGCUCAGCUGUUCGAGCUAUCGGUGCAGGAGUACCGCAGGAAUCAGAUACUCCUGAACCUAGCGAGGAACAUAUUCGAGGAGCAGAACAAUCUCGAGUGUCUCGUCACGAAGAUCAUGACGGAGGCUAAGGAGCUGCUGAAGUGCGAGAGAUGCGCGGUGUAUCUUCUGGACCUGGACUGCGGUGAAGCAGGACACCUGGAGAAGAUCGUCGAACGACCUGGCAAGUCCACACAAGAGAGCAGGAAACCACUGUCCAGGCGAGAGAGCAACAAUAUCGAGAUGGAGGACAUUUUCCAACAGCACGCAACGAACGACGGCAACAAGUUCACCACGAUCUUCGAGAUGGAUAACGAGACUCAAGAGGCCAAAGUGUACAGACCCAGCGGAUCCGACUUCUCGAAACCGCUGGGUCAAAUAGCGAGGUACGUCGCCGCUACUGGACAGAUCCUCAACAUCGGGGAUGUGGCCACGUGGCUGAAGAAGGACGUUCAAUCCGGAAACGAAUCGAUCAAGAGCAUCCUCUGUAUGCCCAUAGUGAACGGUCAGAGGACCGUGAUCGGUGUUGCUCAGUUGAUCAACAAGGAUAAUGGAACAUCCUUCACCGACUCCGACGUAUCGAUCUUCGAAGCAUUCGCCAUUUUCUGCGGACUCGGGAUUCACAACACUCAGAUGUACGAGUCGGCUUGCAAGCUAAUGGCCAAGCAGAAAGUCGCUCUGGAGUGUCUGAGCUACCACGCGACAGCUAGCAACGAUGACACGUUAAAAUUGACCUCUGAACCGAUACCUUCGGCGGACUCCUUCAACUUGUACAGUUUUACCUUCAUUGACUUUGAUCUGACCGAUGAAGACACCUGCAGAGCCACUAUCAGCAUGUUCAAGCAGUGCAACCUGAUACAGAAGUUUCAUAUACCUUAUGAGGUGCUGUGCAGAUGGAUUCUGAGCGUGAAGAAAAAUUACAGACCAGUUAAGUACCACAAUUGGAGACACGCGUUAAACGUCGCCCAAACGAUGUUCGCGAUGCUAAAGACAGGCAAAAUGGAGCAAUUCAUGACCGACCUGGAGAUCUUAGGUCUGCUCGUCGCCUGCCUCUGUCACGACCUAGACCACCGCGGCACGAACAACGCCUUCCAAAUGAAGACAGAGUCCCCGCUAGCUAUUCUCUACUCGACCAGCACCAUGGAGCAUCACCACUUCGAUCAGUGCGUCAUGAUCCUGAAUUCAGACAGCAACAACAUCUUCCAAAGCUUGUCUAUGGAGGACUACAGGAGGGUAAUGAAAGUGGUUGAGAGCGCCAUCCUCUCCACCGAUCUGGCGGUGUAUUUCAAGAAGAAAAAUCGUUUCAUGGAGCUGAUAGACGAGGGCGAGUUCGACUGGCAGAGCGAAGAGAAGAAAGAACUGCUCUGCGGAAUGAUGAUGACAGCCUGUGACGUGAGCGCGAUAGCAAAGCCGUGGGAGGUGCAGCAUCGCGUGGCGAAACUGGUAGCCGACGAGUUCUUCGACCAGGGCGAUCUGGAACGACUGCAGUUGAACCAGCAACCGGUAGCCAUGAUGGACCGUGAGAGAAAGGACGAGCUACCGCAAAUGCAAGUCGGCUUCAUCGACGUGAUCUGUCUGCCUCUCUACAAGGUUCUAUCCGACACCUUCCCGUGGAUCAUGCCUCUGUACGAAGGCACCAUGGACAACCGGAAACACUGGCAGGACCUAGCCGAGAAGGUGGAAAUGGGUCUGACCUGGAUCGACCGCGACACCAUCGACGAACCGGUCGAGGAAUUUGUCUCGUACGAACCCAAGGACAUCGAGUUCACUGUCACAACCCUGAACUGCGCUCACGCGGACAAAAAGGACGCUCCUGAAAAAUCUAUGCUGGGAAGAUUUGCUUCGCUAAGGAAAGGAAAUCGCACGUUGAGCAAAGGAGUCAGACACCGCAUCAGUAGAUCUUUAUACAGUAAGAGCACCCCUGAAGACGCAGCUAAGUCCAAGGCUCUCAUUCCGGACAGGAAGAGUCGCAACAAGCUCUGCUUACUCAUUUGACGGCUUACAUCGACCACCCUCGAAAGCAUCCCAGAAUGAUGGUCAAGGAAGACCUUUGAAAUGUUCUAAAAUAAAGGAUCUUUCGUAAACGAGAUCAAGGAGACUUUGGAAAGGCUUGAUUUCCUGAAAUCAGGGUCUAAGCUGGUAGACUCCGAAUGUCUCCACCUACCUCGAGAACCCGAAAGGAAUCAAAAUACAAAAGCUUGAGAAAUCACUGCAGGACUGUGUUGUAUAGGCAGGAACGUAGGAAGUUAUUCAGGUAGUCGAUGGCUAGGUAGUUAGAAGGGUGACUGGUUA